AGGGGAUCUUUUAGCCUCGAUCCUAGGCCGCACUGAAGAUGAGGCCAGGAGCACAUUACUUUGACAAGUGCAUAAAGCUAUGGAAUUCUCUUUUCUGACUGCCUGUACAGCUGUAAUCACGGUCCUAAUCACACUGGUAAUAAUCAGAUACUUUUACCUCGUCUCCAUAUGUGGAAACAGCCGUACAGGAGUCAAACAAACCCGUCCCUCGAGCACCAUGAUUGUGCUCGGGUCUGGUGGCCACACUUCAGAGAUGAUGACACUUUUGAGUGGAAUGGACUUGAGUCACUACACUCCCAGGACCUAUGUGGUUGCCAAUAGCGAUACCAUGAGUGCCGAUAAGCUGAACAAGUUCGAGGAAGACAUUGGGAAAAGUGAAGAAGUUCGCGUUCACCUCAUACCUAGAGCACGAGAAGUGAAGCAGUUGUAUCUAACCAGUGUGUUCUCAACUCUCUACGCUACACUCGCCACACUACCCGUUGUCCUGGAGACCAGACCUGACCUGCUACUAUGUAACGGACCUGGUACUUGUAUUCCGAUAGCAUUUUGGACAUAUCUACUCAAGUUUCUGCUGCUCAAAGACGUCAAGAUGAUCUAUGUUGAGAGUAUAUGUCGAGUGGAGAAGCUCUCGUUGUCCGGACUGUUACUGUACUACCUGUAUAUGGCAGACCAUGUGAUUGUACAGUGGCCCACACUUCACAAACAAUAUCCCAGAACUCAGUACUUGGGGAGAAUUGUGUGACAAUAACAUUUAAUGUUGUCAUUUAAUAUUAAAUUUUGAUUCGACAAUA